GUGUAAUCUUGUUUGUAUGAGAAUAUAUAAAUAAAAAAUUGCCGCUUGACGCAAAGCUUUCUUUUUUAUUUCUUUGUUUCUUACCUUUUAUUUUUAAUAUAUUUUCCUUGAUUCCUUAAUAAUACGUUUUUAACUGUGAAAUAAGAACUCUAUAAUGGAAUCAUUUCAAAUAAACUUUAAGGUCUCCUGUACUUCAGAUCCUACUGUGCUUCGAAAGCUAAAUUUCAAAAAUUCAGACCUAACGUAUUCUUCUUUAUAUGCUAAGCUUUCAGCUCUUUUUAAAUUGGAUAAUUUUAUAAUUCGAUACACUGAUGAAGAUGAGGAUGCUAUUUGUAUCGAUAAUGAUAAAGAACUCAAAGAUGCCAUUGACCAUGCUUUAAAUUUAGGCAAAAACAAUGCUAGAGUUGUGAUUAGGUUAAGCUUGGAAAGAAUGGACACUCAAGUUUCCAAUCGACAAGACCCUAGCGAAAACUUAAAUGAUAAAAAUAUUGUAGCAGGCUCUGAUGCUGCGCCACAAAUCGAUAAAUCUCAAUCAUCAUCUGAAUUUGGUACAAAUAAUGAAUACGCCAAUCCUGAAGAAUAUGCUUUCGAAAGAGUAUUAAAUACAGGAAUCAAAAAUCUCCAGGAUAUGGUACAAGCUUUCGUAACCCAGUUGAGCAACACCAUAGAACGGGAUUUGUCAAAUAAGAAUCUUAACGUGUCUCAACCACAUCAAUCAAAUAAUGGUGGCAAUUCUCACAAUGUUAAAAGUAAUGAUUCAAUUACCAGUUCUUCAUCUGAGACGCGACAAAUUCCUAAAGUUACAGAUAUUCCAGCUUCUUCAGAACCUGUUGUGCAUCAUGGUGUAAUGUGUGAUUGCUGUAAAAAUAUUAUCCGUGGAAUGAGAUGGAAGUGUACAUCUUGUUUAAAUUAUGAUUUAUGUCAAGUUUGUAAAUCUAAAUCACCAAGUAUUCAUCGUCAUUCGAAUAAGCAUGCGUUCCAACCUAUCCCAUAUCCAAGAACUUCCAAUCAUACUCCCCGUCCAGAAAAUUUGCAUUCUGCUACUUGUGACUACUGUGAAUCAGUUAUCUUUGGAAUACGUCAUAAGUGUAUUAAUUGCCCAGAUUUUGACCUGUGUAAUAAUUGCAUUUCGCUUGCACCAACCCAGCAUCCCAAUCACACAUUUGUACCUAUCCAUAGACCUGGUGAACCUGAAAUCAAAAUUCCGGACGCUUCUUUUCAUCCUGGAAUUAGAUGUGAUGGUUGUCAUAAAUCAAUCACUGGUGUUAGAUUUAAGUGCGGAAAUUGUCCUGAUUUUGAUCUUUGUGGAAAUUGUGAAGCGUCUCCUCUUAAAAAACAUGAUCCUAAUCAUGUUUUUAUCAAGUUCAAGAGACCUGUUCCGUCUCCAAUAUCAUCAACUACCCCUUUACUUCCGUUAUUUUAUUCGCGUGCAGAUGUCAAAAUCUGCAGAUCAAAAGAAUGCGGACAAAAAUCAAUUUCGAAAGAAAUGGAAUCUACUACAAAUAACAGUAUAGCUGAAGCUAGGCUCUCUUCUGCAACUUUUGCCACUCAAUCUACCAGUCAAAAAUCGCCAAUUUCAAUUGUCAGAGCAACUAGUGAUCCUGUUGUUAGUAGAGCGCCAAUUGACCUCUACGAUCAGUUGCUUAUCACUUCGACCACUUCGCUUGAGUCAUCUACAAAACCUAAAUCGCAAAACGAUAGUUCAUCUGUGUCAUCUUUAUGUUCCAAACAAGUUCCACUUCCCGAAAUGUCUUCUACGCCUUCUCCAUCUGUUUCAAAUGUUAAUACGAGUCAUACCGAUUCCAAUAACUACUUCACUCCUUUAUCCCUUAAAACACCCGUAGCAGAAACAAUUUCAAAGAAUCCAUCAGGAAAAGCUUUUGAUGCUUCGAUGUUAAAUUCACGUUUUAUUGAAGAUGUAAACGUACCAGAUGGUACAGUACUUGUACCACAGGCUCAAUUUUUAAAGAUCUGGAAAAUGUCUAAUAACGGCAGUAUCGCUUGGCCUGAAAGUACAGUUUUACAUUAUGUUGGUGGACAGCGCAUGUUCAACGAUGCAUUAAUUAAAUCUGGUGAGGAACCAAAGAUCCUUGUUGGUUCUGUUGAAGUUGGUAAGACUGUUUGUAUUUCCGCUGACCUCCAAGCGCCUUCCGAAUCCGGGAAAUACGUUUCAUUUUGGCGAUUGACAGACAGUGAUGGUAAUCGAUUUGGACACAAAGUCUGGUGUGAUAUUACGGUAGAAGUUGACGAUCAAUCAUCUAGCAUGUCUUCAUCUUCAAUGAUCUUCCCCGUGUUGAAUUAUGAUCAACAGUCUGUUUCGUUUAGAACCAAGGAUACCUCAGCUCCAGUAACCACCUUUGCAUCUUUAGAAAUUGGAAAACUUCAAAAUGAAGAUGAUUCUUUACAUGAUCAAUUAGCGGCAUAUAACAAAAAAUCAGAAAUCAUAUCUGAAACUGAAAGUCAACCUGAUUUUGAUGAUUCAGAUGAAGAUUCUGACGAUAUUUCUUCGAUUACUUCUAGCAUAGAUUCAUCUCAAGAUUUUAUUGUUGUAGAAAAGGAGUCGGAUAAUGAUAUGCAACGUGGAAGAAGUGUACAACCGUAUAUUAUAAGCCAAGAUUCAAAUGAAGAUAAAACUAGGAAUGAUGCACAAUUACCUUCGAUUGAAAAUGUCCAAAGCUCAUCACCUGUUGAUAUUUUAACCGUUGAAAAUGCUGCGACAUCGCAACUUGUUACUGACGAGCCUGAAUUAAGUGGAGAAAUUCCAGAAGAGUAUCAAGAAAAAUUAACACACUUGAAUGACAUGGGCUUUCAUAAUAAAGAAAAAAAUCUUGAGCUUUUAAAAAAGUUUAACGGAGAUUUGGAAAAUACUAUCAAUAAUCUUCUAAAAAUGUAAAUUAUGAAUUUUAUUUAAAUUUUUUGAAUUUAUAUAUAUUCCUAUAUUAUUCAUGGUAUUCUGUUUUUGAAGUUUCAUAUUUAAAAUUAAAUCAUUUGAUCACUACUGUUCAAAAUAAUAAAAUGAUUUAUCAAUUUAUUAAAUUUAAAUAUUUAAAUUGUAUAUUAAAAUUUUUUACUUAUAUAUAUAUUGUAAAAUCAAAUAAAUAAUUUAUUGUAUUAAUAAAAUAAGUGUUUAUUAUU